AUGUUGAGACAAUUCUCCAGAGCCUCGGCUCCAAUUGCACCCAGAUGGGCCAGAACCUACAUUGCUGGCCAAUUCACCGGUAAGAAGAAUACCAACGGCACCUACACUGUUACCUUGAUUGAAGGUGACGGAAUUGGUCCAGAAAUCUCGCAGGCUGUCAAGGACAUCUACUCUGCUGCCAAGGUGCCUAUUGAAUGGGAACCAGUCGAUGUCACACCAUUGUUGAUUGACGGAAAGACCACCUUGCCUCAGCCAGCUGUUGACUCUGUCAACAAGAACUUGGUUGCCUUGAAGGGACCUUUGGCUACUCCUGUAGGUAAGGGACACACCUCGAUGAACUUGACAUUGAGAAGAACCUUCAACUUGUUUGCUAACGUUCGUCCUUGUAAGUCCAUUGUCGGCUACGAUACUCCUUACGAAAACGUCGACACCGUGUUGAUCAGAGAAAACACCGAGGGUGAAUACUCCGGAAUUGAACACACCAUCGUCCCUGGUGUUGUCCAGUCCAUCAAGUUGAUCACCAAGCCAGCCUCGGAAAAGGUCAUCAGAUACGGCUUUGAGUACGCCAAGUCGAUCGGCAAGCCUCAUGUGCUUGUGGUGCACAAGGCCUCCAUUAUGAAGUUGUCAGAUGGUUUGUUCGUCAGCACCGCCAAGGAAGUUGCUAAGGAAUACCCAGAUGUCACCUUAGACUUCGAAUUGUUGGAUAACACCUCGCUUAAGUUGACCGCAGACCCAUCUGAGUACAAGGACGUUGUCAUGGUCAUGCCAAACUUGUACGGUGACAUCAUGUCAGACUUGUCUUCUGGUUUGAUCGGUGGUUUAGGUUUGACUCCUUCCGGUAACAUGGGUAACAAGGUUUCCAUCUUUGAAGCUGUCCAUGGUUCCGCUCCAGACAUUGCCGGUAAGGGUUUGGCCAACCCAACCGCCUUGUUGUUGUCCUCUUGUAUGAUGUUGAGACACAUGUCGUUGAACGCCGACGCCGACAAGAUCGAAGCUGCAGUGUUGAAGACUAUUGCUUCUGGCCCAGAAAACAGAACCGGUGACUUGAAGGGUACUGCUUCCACAUCCCACUUCACCGAGCAAGUUAUCGCCAACUUAGAAUAG